CUUUUCAGUGCUUCAAUUUGUUAUAAUAAAUCGAAUACUGUGGCGUAGCAGAAAUGGAAUUGAAAGGAGAUCUUCCAUUGUUUUUAGUUAUUCUGGUGAUCGUGAUUCACUGUGCUCACGGUCUUGCGACUCAAAAUACUUCAUUGGCUGUGAAAGUACCGAAAUCUCAAGCUAAUAACAAUUUAUCGGAUGAUAACAACUCUACAACUUCUUGGCUCCUCAAAGAAUCAGAAUAUUCAUUGAACUUCGAUUGGCCAGGUCCCAAAGAAAAUCACCUCAAAGUUCAACAUAAUGUGUUUGAGAAUCAACAGAAAGCUGUCGAGCAGGGCCUACGUAAUGCCAGAAUUUUCGCGUUCCGUUCGUACACUUCGCGCACUCUGAUCGUAUCGAGCACCGUACUCGCCUUGAGCACAUGCGUUAGCUCCAUCAAUACCGUGGCGUGUGUGGGGCGACGAAGGAGGAAGCGAAUGAACGUUGCUGCGCCACAUAUCAACCUCAAUGAGCAGUCUUUAGAUGUCCUCUACCCGAGCCUGAUGGAGGCAGAAGUCGCUGCAACAACGCAGAAACCGCAGCCAGAACGCAUGCCUAAGAACAUCUUCACCAUUUGGACGACCGGCUUCACCACCGUCACGUUCUUAACAACUUCUUACUACCAGGGCAUUACGGUCUCCGUAUCUCUUGCCUGCAACCCUGGCAAUGCGGUUACAUCCUGUUUUGGUUGAUGAUGUCUCUGCUAUAUAUACCGCUGACGUUCGAAUGGUUGGAGUCUCUGAUAUCACGAUAAGAUGUGUAUACCAUCGACGUUUGAAUGGUUGGUGUCUUUGCUACAUAACACCGACGUUGAUGUCUCCGUUACCACCGACGUUUGAAUGGUUGAUGUUUCUGUUUGAAUGGUUGGUGUCUCUGCUAUAUACCACUGAUGUUUGAAUGGUUGGUGUCUCUGCUACCACCGACGUUUGAAUAGUUGGUGUCUCUGUUAUCAUUGGCGUUUGAAUGGUUGACUUUUAAGCCUUAAAUUAGAGAUAUAAACUUUUGUUCGAAAAUAUUCGUUCGCACUCGGGUGCGAACGUUAAAAACCGUUGGUAUAAAAAAGAAAUCCAAACCAGAAAACAAUUGUUUAUGAAAGCCAAAUAAUGUGUCUAUAUAUAUUUCAAUUAGAAUAUAUAAAAUUAAAUUUUUUCAAAUAUUAAUUGAAGGGACUGACUGUAAUGCGAUGUUA